ACCGCUCCGUGAGCUGCUGCUUCUGCACACCAGACUCGACCUAGCCUCUCGCCGGCGAUCCACAAGCUCGCCGCCCCCCAUGGCGAAGGCGCCGCCGCCGCCGCCAGUCUCCGGCCUCCUGUGGCACGCGGCCGCCGCCGCCUGCCUCAAGCUCCUCCUGAUCCCCUCCUACCGGAGCACCGACUUCGAGGUCCACCGCCACUGGCUCGCCCUCACCCACUCCCUCCCCAUCUCCCGCUGGUACUCCGACGAGACCAGCCCCUGGACCCUCGACUACCCUCCCUUCUUCGCCUUCUUCGAGCUCCUCCUCUCCUACGCCGCCCGCGCCGCCGACCCCGUCAUCGUCCACCUGCACCGCGGCCUCGGCUACGGCUCCGGCUCCGUCGUCCUCUUCCAGAGGGCCACCGUGGUCGCCACCGACUCGUGCCUCGUCUACGCGGCGCACCGCCUGACGAGGAGGUGGGAGCCGGGCAAGGGGAGGUUGAUCUGGGUCCUGGUGAUCUGGUCGCCGAUGCUGCUGAUCGUGGACCACGUGCAUUUUCAGUAUAAUGGGUUCUUGCUGGGGAUUUUGCUGCUGUCCAUUUCGUACUUGAGCGAAGGGAAGGACUUGGCGGGUGGGUGCUUGUUCGCGAUCUUGUUGUGCUUUAAGCACUUGUUUGCUGUGGCUGCGCCGGUUUACUUUGUGUACCUGUUGAGGCGGUGCUUCCGAGGCACGUUUGUGAGAGGUUUUGGUCGGCUUUCGGCUCUAGGGGCGGCGGUCAUCGCGACUUUUGCGGCGGCAUAUGGUCCGUUCAUUUAUCAUGGCCAGAUGCAACAAGUCAUUCGCCGUAUGUUUCCAUUUGGCAGGGGGCUUUGUCAUGCUUACUGGGCACCAAAUUUUUGGGUUUUCUACAUCGUAAUGGACAAGGUGCUGUCUUUUGUGCUAAGAAGAUUGGGGUUUGACAUUCAAAUGCCUGCAGCAUCGUUCACUGGUGGGCUCGUGGGAAAUUCAUCGCCAUUUGCUGUACUUCCACAGAUCACCCCCUUGACAACCUUUAUCAUGGUUCUGCUAGCCUUGUCUCCUUGUCUUAUCAAGGCCUGGAGAAAUCCCCAACCAAAAGAUGCUGCAAGAUGGAUAGCAUAUUCCUACACAAGCGGAUUCCUGUUUGGGUGGCAUGUUCAUGAAAAAGCAUCUCUCCAUUUUGUCAUCCCCCUAGCACUCACUGCAGUACAAAGUCCGGGUUACGCAAAGCAUUAUUUCUGGCUAUCAAUAGUAUCCUGCUAUUCACUCUUCCCACUUCUCUUCGAAGCCCAAGAGUAUCCCAUAAAAGUGUUGCUGCUGCUAUUGCAUUGCAUGGCGAUGUUCCUCAGCUUCUCUGCGCUAUUCGAUGGGAGUGCAAGAGCGAAAGCAACUGCUUCUGAGUCAAGAAAAGGAGAUCAAUCCAGAGAGAAGAGAAGCUUGGGUCUGACCAAGGAAGGAGGGUUUACCAUUGGUUGGAUCACAAAGUUUUAUUUGUUCGGUAUUUUACUUGUCGAGUUAUGGGGUCAGUUCUUGCAUCCUUACAUUCUCGGCAAUAAGCUUCCUUUCGUGCCCCUGAUGAUGAUAUCCGUAUAUUGUGCAUUCGGCAUCAUGUACUCAUGGAUUUGGCAACUGAGAUCAAUUAUCAGAUGUUCUAACUGAUAGCAUUAAGUCUUCCAAAUUUUGUGCUUCUCUUAUCUUGAGGAACUCUUUGUUGUAUUGAUCUAAUAGUGCAACUCCCAAUUGAAUGAGAAUGGAAAGGCUGCUUUGCCACA